GUUCUCAUUACUGGUCCUGCAGACACCCCUUACGCAAAUGGUUGCUUUGAAUUCGAUGUGUAUUUUCCACAAGACUAUCCCAAUUCCCCUCCGCUUGUGAAUCUGGAAACAACUGGAGGCCACAGCGUGAGAUUUAAUCCCAAUCUCUACAAUGACGGCAAGGUGUGUUUAAGCAUACUUAACACAUGGCAUGGGAGGCCAGAAGAGAAAUGGAACCCCCAAACAUCAAGUUUUUUGCAGGUGUUAGUGUCUGUCCAAUCCCUAAUUCUGGUAGCAGAACCCUAUUUUAAUGAACCAGGUUACGAACGAUCAAGAGGUACCCCAAGCGGUACCCAGAGCUCUAGAGAAUACGAUGGGAAUAUACGACAGGCAACAGUCAAGUGGGCAAUGCUUGAACAAAUCAGAAACCCAUCGCCGUGUUUUAAGGAGGUCAUCCACAAACACUUUUACUUGAAAAGAGUGGAGAUCAUGGCUCAGUGUGAGGAGUGGAUAGCAGACAUACAGCAGUACAGCAGUGACAAACGGGUAGGCAGGACUAUGUCCCAUCAUGCAGCAGCUCUAAAGCGUCACACAGCUCAGCUGCGGGAAGAGCUUCUAAAACUGCCCUGUCCUGAAGGAUUGGAUCCGGACGCCGAGGACCCCACCGAAAAAUGCGGUGCCACAACAAGCGCAGAAGAGACUGUGUUGCACGAGCAGGUUAAACCCAGCAGCAGUAAAGAUAUCCCCACUGAUUUCAAGUUAUGAGUUGCAUUGACGUGGACUUUCUAGACAAAACGGCUUUGAAGCACAAGCCAAAUAUGUCAAUAUUUGUAUGUAAGAAGCUAAUUGUGUAAUAGGUAAUGAAAUUGAAACUAUACUAUGCCCUUAAGGAUAUACAGUUUAAUUCAAGAUGAUCUUUUAUUUACCUGUACAAGAGUGUAAACUUUUUUGUGCUUUUAUUUUUCAAUUGUGAGAACCACUGAUUGGUAUGUUUAAAAAGUUAUGUAUACAAGAAAUGGAUAAAUCACUGAUAUAUAAGGGAAACUACCUUAGGAAAGAAUGUUUACUGAAUGUUUAUUAUUUUUUUUUACUUGUAGAGUGAGGGCGGUUGUAACAAAGAAUAUAUAUUGGUCAUUCUUACAGCUACUAUUUAAAGUCAGAAAAUUUUCACUGAAUUUGAUAGAUUUUUUUUGUUUGGCCAUAUAUUCAUGCUCAUAUUUGAUUCUAAAGAAAACCUCCUGUAUACUUCAAUAAACGUUAAAUGGACAUGAUCCCUCUUUUAUGAUUUACUGGUACAUUUUUUUUAAAGAAACUGCCAUGAAAUACAUUCUAGCUGAAGGCUUGCACUUGUAUGACUGAAUUCAUUACAGUCAACAUAUUUCAUUUGAUGCUUACUAAUUCUAAAAUGCAGAUUAAAUAAAUGCACAUGGUUUUACCUCGUG